GCCUCCUGCGCCGUAGAGGGUCGGCGGGGCAUGUUUGCCUUCCUUUUAUGAUCAGGCGUGCUGCGGGCAGCCCAGGGUGAGCGUAGGCCCCGGAGCGGCGCUGACGUGUCGGUGGAGCGGCGGCGGUGCCGGGAGCGCCAUGUCGAAGGUUACCUUUAAAGUGACGCUCACCUCGGACCCCCGGCUACCCUACAAAGUGUUAAGUGUGCCUGAAAGCACGCCUUUCACUGCCGUCCUGAAGUUCGCUGCAGAAGAAUUCAAAGUUCCUGCAGCGACAAGUGCCAUUAUAACAAACGAUGGUAUAGGAAUAAACCCUGCACAGACAGCAGGAAAUGUAUUUCUAAAGCAUGGGUCAGAUCUACGGCUUAUUCCCAGGGAUCGAGUUGGGAGUUCAUAACAUCUCCUGAAAGCUGUGCAAUAAGUGACAUUUCUGUGUGGCAGAGGUCUAUUUAUUUUGGAACUCCAAAAUGCAACUAGUGAAUUGAACUUUUCUAAAGCUAGCAAAAAUGACUUCCUAGGACUUGGUUUGGUUUUGUUUGGGUUUUUUUUGAAACAGAUAUAAAGUUUCAUUUUCUUAUUAAAUUUUAUUAACUUAUGUGCUGAUUCUUCCCUGACUAGUAGAAGAAUGGGCUGAUUUCAUGUUUUGUUGCUGUAAGAAAGAUGGACUUGACUGUAGGUGUUACUGACACCACAAGGGUAAAUCACAGCCACCAUCAAUUGAUAUCUAAAAUACUGGAUAUUGUUGAGCCUACUCUGUGAAGGGGGAAAUGAUUUUGCUACAAAGAAAUUAUUCCUACUGAGUGCUAAAAGUUUUUUUUUCCUGUAUUUUUUUUCUAAAUUUACUUCCAUGUUUAGAGGAACAGCUUUCACCUGGUUCAAGUAUUAAGCUCCAGUAGAAGGGAAAUUUCAGGAGUUUAUUACUCAAAUAAGUAAAUAGCUGCCAAAUGUUCCAAAGUAAUUUUAAGAUUUAAUUGCUAAAAGUAUUUUGGAUAAAGGAGAAAACAGAUGUUUCUGUGUCUUAAAACAUUUGAUGUCAUUUGAUGUACUGUGAAGUAAAAUUAAACACAGUUUCAGAGAAUUUAUGAGACCUGGUCUCCUCACAUGAAGUGCCAUCAGCUGAGAAGGAUUGCAGUGUAAUUUGGGCAUUUGUGCUGGUCAAAUAUGUCAUCACAUUCCUUUUUCAGUAAACUAAUACUGAUUGUUUCCACAAGUCUCGUUUUGUUACUGGCUGUUACAUGGGAAACAGCAUAGAAUUCACUGAAAUGUUUGUGUUCGGAUUAUAAAUCGUCAGGUGUAAACUAUCAGUUAUAUAUUUUAAGUAGAGAAAUUGCUGCUUUUCUCAAACUAGUUAUCUACCCUAUGUUUUAAUGUAUUUGGCAAAAUCUUACCAUAUUGCAUUUUUGUUUCUCUACUGAGUGGAACAGAAAUUGCAAUGGGCAAUGUAGUGCUUGCUUAAAUGAGUACUGUCACAAAUACAACUGUCCUGUUCAAUAAUCGUGCUCUGGAAAGAUGUUCAGACAAUGUGUCAAAAAAACCAGAAGUACAAAAUGACCUUCUGAGUGGGUGUAAACUGAGUAUAUAGAGAAAAACUCUUCAGAAAUAAAUAUUUGACUAUAAACUUCUUCCAAAUCAAGAGAAAUUGUAAAAUUCUGUAUUUUUAUUUUAAUAAACAAUUAUAUGAAACAAAUGCAAA